ACUCACUAUUCUAAAAUUUAACUACCAUUGGUUUACUUGAUAACGUGCACCUCACUGAUGGAAAUGGUAUUGGUUUCAAGAUGAGCCCCAGCCACUUUUGACUGCUACUGUGUACUGGUUAAGAAAAAUUGAGUGGAAAGUGGAGUGUUUUUCACUUCACACUAAAAGUUGUUUCACAGAAAGUUGCAACCACUAACGUGAAAACAUGACCUAAUUAGCUCUGUUUCUUACGGAGACAUGGAGAUGUAUCUAUCGUAUGGAGUGUUUAGCAGAACUGCUAUGUUCAACAUCUUUGAAAUAUGCUAUGAAACCCCAAAACACGGGUUCAUGUACUACCAUUAUAUUUCGGCUACAGAAGUUUAAUAAAUGAUUCCAGAAGUUCAAAUGUCGGUGCCCGAUACUUCAAAAAAGUCAAAUGACGGAAAACUUUUUUUCCCUUAUUCCAUUGAAAUACUGAGAUUGGACAGCGUGAUAUAUGAAGCCUAUAGUUGUGGAUGGAGUACAAAGUUUCUAGUCUUUCUACGAGGUCUUCCAGGUAGUGGAAAAUCAACUCUAGCCAGGUUUCUUGUUAAAAAACUAACUCACAAUUUCCUGGUUGCUUCAGAUGAUGAUUACUUCUACAAUCAAAUUGAUCACACCUACAGACGCGACAUCAGAAAGUUCAGUGAUGCAGUAGCCGCUUGUAAACAAAAAGUUUGGUCAUCCAUGCACUCUGGAGUAUCAGUUAUCAUUGUGGACAAUUGUAAUCUUACUCAGGCGGAAAUGGAUCCUUUUAUUCGCGAAGGUGUAAAAUACGGCUAUUCUAUUCAUCUUUUGGAAACCAAUACACCUUGGCGUUACAAUCCGAAAAAGUUACUAAAGUUAACACAUAAUGGUUUUAAUUUGUCAGAAAUCAGUAAUAUGUUGGGAAGAUUCGACCGGACUCUAAAUAUAGAAACAAUAUUAUCGUCACAGAAAAAUCUCCCACCUACAGUUUUGAGUACUGGAAGAAAAGAUAACCAUUCCAAUGAUCAUAAUGAAGUGAUUCCAUCAUCUGCUAUCAUUCAUAAUUCUGUUGACAAUGGCAACACACCAAUAACGUUAGUGAAAUACUUGUAUGAACCUGUGUGUUACCAUAGUAACGAUGACAAUAAGUCAGGUGAUAUUUAUAAUUUGGCACACACCAGCAAUACCAGUAAUACCACUACUGAUGAACUCGAUCAAGGUGAUGAGAAAUGGACCACUCCUAUGGGGAGUAUCGAAGCGCUAAAUAUCAAUCAAACGUGUUCAGAUGAAUCAACUGCUCAAGAUGAUAUUGAUCAUCAGACUAGUAUGUCAGAGCAAAACGAAUCUGUGCCUCGACCAUCCACAUCUGGAGGAAAACUUGCAGAAUUGUCUUGUAUUUUCCCUAAUCUCAAGUCAGAAUUACUUCAAGAGUUUCUGUCUCUUGCUCAUGAUGAUGUUUCAUGGGCAACUACAUUAAUUCUAGACAAUCGCACCUGUGAAAGAAUCUGUCAAGAUGAUGGAUCGAAUCAAUAUGUGAUUGAAUCUAAGCUAUCUUCUGAUAAUUCUUCAGGCAAUCAGACUUCAUCUUCAGUGUCUGUAACAGCCUGUGCAUCUAGCGCCAUGGAUGUGUCAAACAACACAACAGAGAAUCGAAAUCUGCUUUCGUCAGAAAAUGAACAUUCCUUAGAAGAAUGUACUUUAACUUUUAAUGAAAAUGGUAUAAAAUUCUCAAGGAGCUUCAUAAAAGCAGCUCACCAAGAGUAUGCAUUCAGUCUUGGACUAUCCGAUGUUGAUUUGUCUCCUGAAGCAGUUCCAGAUUUUCUCAUCAAUGAAUGGAUACCUGAACCUAAUUUAACCAAAGAAAUAUAUAUCAGUAUUAUGCGACACCUGGGUGUUUUACCCAAUAGUUCUGUUGAAACGUUAAUUCAGAAGUUUCCCUCAUCAAAUACACGAAGUUCGAGUCAAGUUACUACCAAGGGAACUUCUGCAGCACCAAAACUGCCAUCUUCAACCUUUUUGCAAAUUAUGCAUGAUGAAGAGGGUUUACUGCGCUCUGUUGAAGAUUUCCGCACUUCUUUAAAUGCUCCAGUCAUACGUUUAAUAAUGAAUCGCCUAAUGUCAAAAUUUCCUGGGACACAGAAGAGUGUUAUUGAAGAAGCGUUUGUUCGAUGCGAGUUUGAUGAGACUAGGACUGAAAUUUAUCUUUCAAGUUAUUACAAAUCAGCUUCUGAGUUAGUUGAGAAUUCUGGCGACCUCACAUCGGUGGUGGCAACAGCGCUUACUACUCCUUCGUCAACCAAUAAACCUAAUGUCAGUUCAUAUAUCGCUCAACAAUCCACAAAUGUAGACACGUUAUCUAACAAUCAAAGUGAAGUAUUAGGUCAUCAGAGCGUUGAAGAGAAAUUAAGUCUACAAGAAAUACAGGAUGAAGAAGAAGCUUUAAAUAGAUCUAUUGAAGAUCAAAAAAUCCGUCUUCAAACAUUGGCAAAUCAGCUUUCGUUAAGUCGUUUAAAAGCACAGUUUCCUGGGAUCGAGAUAAGUUAUCUGGAGAAUCUUUUUAUUCGUUUUGAUUUAAGCGAACAGAACCUUUUAGAUUAUCUCAUCAAGAAAGGCUUCAUACCUCAGCCAUUAAAUCCAUUUCUUGUUGAGAAUUCUGAUAAAUUUGUUGAAAAUGUCGAUGCAGAUAUAAACGCUUCUCCAUUGUCGUAUGGUCAAGAUUACCUUUUAAGCAAUAGUCUAAGUAUUAGUAACAACAACAUCAAUAAUAGUGAGUGGUUAAAUAUGCUUGACGAGAAGAUAGAUAGUAUAAGAAAGAAGAUAUCGAAUGUGAAAACUAACCUUUCAUAUGCCAAAGACAGUCGAAUAAAACAAUUUCGAGUCACUGAACUGCGAUCAUUGCAAAGUCAAUUGCACUACUUCAGUCUUCAAAAAGCUGAACACUUGGUCGAUGCUAGAUCAUCUAUGUUUGAAGAAGAAUUGUUGAACAAAGGUGAAAGACCGAUUAAUGCAGCCUGUUUAGCAUUUUCUUACGUUGAUUUACAUGGGUUGAAUAAAUCCUGUGCACUUAGCAUUCUACAGCAACGUUUAGCAUAUUUAAGAGAUAAAAUGCUGAUGAUGAAAACUACAGGAGGAUAUCAAUUCGGAUUAGGUGUACCAAAGUAUUUCACAGUGAUAACUGGUCGUGCAGCAGGCUGUGAAGCGGACGUUGUAUCAACAUCACCGAUUUUAAGACCAGCAGUUAUACAUUAUCUCAUCAGGAAUGGAUAUAAAUUUGAGGAGAACUUUAGAACUGGAUCAGGACAUUUUACAGUCAAUUUAAAUAAUCAAAAAUUGAACAGUCGAAUGUAAACUAUUUAUUACCUUAAAGUGAACAUGUUGUGACUACAUGUCUUAUUUUGUUACUUUGCUUUCCUGAAGCAAUCGGAAGCUCUAUCCUUUUUUUACAUUUGAUAUGCCCACUGCUACUUCUGAUAUCCUUUCUUCGCAUAACAAUUUUUUUUAAUAUUUCAUCUUGCAUUUUCUUGAUUUUCUGGCAGUUCAAAGAUGUUCAGAUUAAUUUGCUCAUGAUUAUUUUUUCAUAGCUGGCGAUUAUUUCACUUCUUCCUUAUUUCUUAUUGUUUAAGUGAUACACCUUUGGUUUCGAUUGUGUUUAUAAAUUAUUUUUAUGUUGAUCCAUAAAUUAUUGUUAUAAUAAGUGAAAUAUAUUUUUGUUUAUUAUACACAAUAUAGCUUGAAUU